GUGCAGACUGUGGGGCGCUCGGCACGGCGGGGUGAGAAGCUGGGGACCCGCAGGCCGAACUCCACACCUCGUCUUUCCUGGCGGCUCCAGUCGUUCGCGAUUCAUUUUUUAAUGGAAAGCAUCACAACUCCAGAACCCCCAUAUGUGCUCGGUGUGCCCCCAUCACUGUGCCCGGGAGACGCCCCCACUCUGCCAAAGCUUCCGGGCUGAGGGUCGCCCUGAAUUCCAGCCGGCUAGCAGAGGGGCCUGCCCGGCCCGGCGUAGGUGCAGGGAAGGACGGGGGUCGGGGAAUGGGGGGUGGCUAGAGGGGGUGCGUCCCGGGGCGCACGCCGAGCCCUCUCGCCCUCCUCGGUCUGCAGCCGCGCCCGCUCGCCUGUCCCCGGCGGGCGUGCGGCCAUUGCCCGGGCGCACCCGCACACGCGCACGCACCCCGGGGCGCGCUCACACCCGCCCGCACGCAGACGCGCGACCGCCACCGGGCCGGCAACUUUGUGGGGAGCUUGGGGUGGCGCGGGGCCGCCUCUUGUAGUAGUUGGGCGCAGGCCCCGCCUCCGGGCCGUGCUGUCAGCCGGGCCGGGGUCUCCCAUUGGUCCGGCCGCCGGGACAACACCUGCUCGACUCCUUCAUUCAAGUGACACCAGAGCCUGCGGGGAUAUUUGAGGCAAGGUCGCUGCCAGCGCCGGGCACUCGCGGCGCCGCCACCGGGCUGGUCACAUGCUCUCCGGGGAGCUCCGGGAGGGCGCCGGGUAACCUCCACCCGGGCCGCGGCCGCGGGAGGCAGAGUGAGCGGGAGGAGGAGGGGAACCGGUGGCGGCGGCGGCGGCGGCGGCGGAGGAGGAGAGCACAAAGGAUCCAGGUCUCCCGGCGCGAGGUUCCCACCCACGGCCAUGUGUGCCCAGCGGCUGGGCCAGCUGGUGACCCUGGCUUUGGUGCUGGCCACCUUCGACCUGGCGCGGGGGACCGACGCCACCCACCCGCCCGAGGGGCCCCAAGAGCGGGGCUCCCAGCAGAAAGGCCGCCUGUCCCUGCAGAACACAGCGGAAAUCCAGCACUGUUUGGUCAGCGCUGGCGACGUGGGCUGUGGCGUGUUUGAAUGUUUUGAGAACAACUCCUGUGAGAUCCGGGGCUUGCAUGGGAUCUGCAUGACUUUUCUGCACAACGCUGGAAAAUUUGACGCCCAGGGCAAGUCAUUCAUCAAAGACGCCUUGAAGUGCAAAGCCCACGCUCUGCGCCACAGAUUCGGCUGCAUCAGCCGGAAGUGCCCAGCCAUCAGGGAGAUGGUGUCCCAGCUGCAGCGGGAAUGCUACCUCAAGCACGACCUGUGCUCCGCCGCCCAGGAGAAUACGCGGGUGAUGGUGGAGAUGAUCGUCUUCAAGGACUUACUGGUGCAGGAGCCCUACGUGGACCUGGUAAACCUCUUGCUGACCUGUGGGGAGGAGGUGAAGGAGGCCGUCACACACAGCGUGCAGGCCCAGUGUGAGCAGAGCUGGGGCAGCCUGUGCUCCAUCCUGAGCUUCUGCACCUCAGCCAUGCAGAGGCCCCCCACAGCGCCCCCCGAGCGCCAGCCCCUGGGGGACAGAGCCAAGUUCUCCAGGGCCCACCACGGGGAAGCACGUCACCACCCUCCAGAGCCCAGCAGUCGGGAGGCCAGCCGAGGUGCCAAGGGCGAGCAAGGUGGCAAGGGUCACCCCGGUGCCCAGGCUCGGGGCCGAGUCGCUGACCACUCUGCCCCUGGAACUUCCGGAAGCAGCGAGUGGGAAAAUGAACCGUCUGAGUAUUCUGACAUCCGGAGGUGAAACCAAAGGCCUGGCUGGGAAAUCUUUCCUCCGUGCCAUCCAUUUUCUCCUCUAUGGACAUUCCAAGACCUUGGCCGUGCAAGAGGGGAGAUGUCACACGCAGGACGUGGCAGGGACUGCAGACUUGGUGGAGGUGUGCGUUAUCAGGAUGGGACAGAUAGGGCAGGCCCUGGGCAGCAGUGGCCUCGGUUGCCCAGUGGUUUCUCUGUGCCCGCCGGGCAAAAGCACCAUGUGGGCUCCUCUUCCCAACUUCAUCUUCCCUCCAUCCACAGAGCCACUGGGCAGCGGCCUUCAGUUCUGCCACGGGGGAGAUGGCCAGGGAGGGCAGGGGUGAGUGUCCACCCGGCCUGACAGCACCCUUGGGUGCUGGCCCCACCCUGAAGCUUCGGGGCUGACUUGGCAGAGGGCAGUGGGACACUGGAGCCGGGCGCAGGCGUGAAUGUGAACAUCUCAGCUGAAGUUGGAAGGGUGAGGGUGAGGAGGCCAUGUUGGUGCUUGGUGUCAAAUGAAGUACAGUUUCUGGCAUGGAACCUCAGCAUUCGAAGCUUCUGGGGGAGGAAGGGAAGGUGGGAAGCUGGGGGAGGGGGUCCAGGGAGGGGGAGAGGGUUCCAUGGUGAUUUCUGAGCCAUUCUUCUGUCUGGGGGGCACUGCUGAGGGAGUGGCCCAGGUGUAUUUUAACCACUGCUUCAAAUCUUGAUUUCACCUUUUUUUUUUUAAUCCAGUCACGACAUCUACAUAGCUGUUGUCUAAAUAAAUGGCUUUCAAACACAACAA